AUGGCGAUCAAAGUUAAGGACGGGCAGGAACCCAUGGCUGCCCCUGGCGGAAGUGCCCUCUCCAGACACGCGGUGCAGCGCGGGACACGGCGGCACCGCCACCCGAGUCCCAUGAGCCAAGGCAGGCGGGAGCCGGCGGGAGCCCCGGGGCGCGUGUACGUGCGGAGCGCGCGCAGGGAGGGCGCCGCCGUCGGUUCCCAAGGCAACCGGUUUCGACAGUUCGAGCGCAGCUCGCGUCUGGAGGCGUCCAGGCGACCACCAGCCGGCAUUUGCGCCGCCGAGAUGGACCGUCACGUUGCCCGGCGAUACCUGCUCAAGCGGCGGCUCGGGAAGGGGGCCUACGGCAUCGUGUGGAAGGCGGUGGAUCAGAGGACUGGCGAGGUCGUCGCCAUCAAGAAAAUCUUUGAUGCCUUCGAGGAUAAGACGGAUGCCCAAGUAAAGGACGUUCGGGAAAUCAUGCUGCUUCAGGAAUUUGGGGACCAUCCCCACGUCGUCCGCCUCCUGGAUGUGAUCCGGGCAGAGAAUGACAGGGACAUUUAGCUGGUGUUUGAGUCUAUGGGUGAGUGAGGCCUCCCGCAGACCCCAGCCCCACCUCUACUGGCCCGCUCUCCCCAGGCCCACCAGACUGACCUGCACACACCCCCAGACGCCGACCUGAAUGCCGUCAUCUGCAAGGGCACGCUGCAGGACACCCACAAGCGCUACAUCUUCUACCAGCUCCUGCGGGCCACCAAGUUCAUUGAUUCAGGACGAGUUAUCCACCGGGACCAGAAGCCAUCCAACGCUCUCCUGGACGCCAGCUGUUUGGUGAAGCUCUGUGACUUUGGCCUCGCCCGCUCCCUCAGCGGCCUCCCUGAGGGGCCCGAGGGCCAUGCCCUGAUGGAGUACGUGGCCACACGAUGGUACCGGGCUCCGGAGGUGUUCCUGUCCUCGAGCUGGUACACCCCCGGGGUGGACACGUGGAGUCUGGGCUGCAUCCUGGGGGAGAUGCUAGCGGGGCGGCCCUGUUCCCCGGCCAUCCUGGAGGCCAUCCCACCACCCUCCGAGGAGGACCUGGCUCUCGGCUCUGGCUCCGGCGCCUCGGUUGUGCAGCGCCUGGGGUCCCGGUGA